CGCACACUGCUGGCCUCUGCUCUGCUCUCCAUUGCUGCAACUGCAAGAGCUAGGCUGCUGUCUGCUGAGCAGCACCGUGUAGCUUUCGAAGAUGAUCAAGCUGAGGUACUCCAAGAAGCUGUUCAGGAGGAGUUCCUCUAAGAGCAGCACUGCCAGCAGCAGCAGCAGCAGCAGUAGCAGCGACGGCGGCGAUGCCGGCACUGGCCGCGGGGAGAUAGAGUGGGAGGUGAGGCCGGGGGGCAUGCUGGUGCAGAAGAGGGACCGGAGGGGGGACGUCGAGGUCAUCACCGUCAGGGUCGCCACCGGUUUCUCCUGGCAUGACGUCUCCAUUGGGGCUACCUGCACCUUUGGGGAGCUUAAGGCGGUGCUGUCCAUGGCGACAGGGCUGGAGCCGAGGGAGCAGAGGCUGCUGUUCCGGGGCAAGGAGAGGGAGGACAGCGACCAUCUCCACAUGGUGGGCGUGAGGGACAAGGACAAGGUGCUCCUCCUCGAGGACCCUGCCCUCAAGGACAUGAAGCUCCGGGCCGCGCUCGCGGCCCAGGCCGUCCAGAGCCCAUAUCAGCCCUUUAUCAAGGUGUAGGCCCGGCCUGGCCUGGCCCGGCCCGACCCGCCACUACCCUAACUGAUAGAGUAAACCAGCGUCAUCAUCAGCUAGCUGCUCCUGUUGGUGAUCGCCUGCUAUUGAUCAGUGCUAAGUACCACUCCAUGUAUGGGCAAAGGAAAACCCCUCUUUCAUGAGAAGAGUUAGCGUACCACUACUUGUUAGUCGUGUGGUCUUGUCAUGUGUAGUACAUGAUGAUGCACUUGUAACCGUUGAGUGUGGCUGCCAUGCAUGCUAAGUAAUGUUGUU